AUGUUCGGACGAUCGGAACUUGCCCUUAACAUGUGUUCUGCCGGCGCAGAAGUCUUCGGCACCGUUAGGGUUACUAACGCUGUCUGGCUUUCACAGCGGUGGAUUGAGCCUUAUCCCCGUGCCCUCACAGCACUGCUUCUGGACUGCACUGACUCUGCUGUGGAGGCGGGAGACAGGGGAUUGCAUUUCGAGCGCACUGAUGAGGCUACACGUAAGGCUUUAGAUCUGCCGCCCAAGAAAAAAUGGCACACACCGGGAUCCAUGGCUGCAACAUCGACUAUAUGA